AUGCAACAACUACAACAGAAGCACCACCAACUACAACAAAAACACCAACAACUACAACAGAAGCACCAACAACUUCAACAGAAGCACCAACAACAACCACGGAAGCAGAAAAGCACCUACAACAACCACAGAAGCACCAAGAACUACAACAUAGGCACCAACAACCACAUCAGAGGCACCAACAACUACAACAGAAGCCAUAACAACUACAACAGAAGCAUCAACUACAAUAACUCAGGAACCAACAACACAACCUCCAACUACUACAACACAACCACCAACUACUACAACACAGGGACGAACAACCCAGGAACCAACAACACAGCCACCAACUACUACAACACAGGAACCAACAACUCAGCCACCGACUACUACAACACAGCCACCAACUACCACAACACAGGAACCAACAACACAGCCACCAACUACUACAACACAGGAAUCAACAACACAGCCACCAACUACUACAACACAGCCACCAACUACAGCAAGACAGGAACCAACAACACAGCCACCAACUACUACAACACAGAAACCAACAACACAGCCACCAACUACAGCAAGACAGGAACCAACAACACGGCCUCCAACUACUACAACACAAUAACCAACAACCCAGCCACCCAGUACUACAAGGCAGGGACCAAACACGCAGCCACCCUGUACUACAACACAGCCACCACCACCGAGUACUACAACACAGCCACCAACUACUACAACACAGGAACCAACAACUCAGCCACCGACUACUACAAAACGGCCUCCAACUACUGCAAGACAGGAACCAACAACUCAGCCACCGACUACUACAACCCGGCCUCCAACUACUGCAAGACAGGAACCAACAACCCAGCUACCAGCUACUACAACACAGGAACCAACAGCACAGCCACCAACUACUACAACACAGGAACCAACCACACAGCCACCCACUACUACAACUCAACCACCGACUAUUACAACACAGGAACCAACAUCACAGCCACAAACUACAACAACACAACCACAAACUACUACAACACAGUCACUGAUUACUACAACACGGUCACCAACUACUACAACACAGGAACCAACAACACAGCCACCUACUACUACAACACAGCCACCAACUACAGCAACACAAGAACAAACAGCUAUAACACAGGAACUAACUUCUACAACACAGGAACCAAUAUCUUCAUCACAAGAAACAACAACAGAACCACAAACUACAACAAUACAGGCAACGACAACACUGCCUUCAUCAUUGCAGCCUACAACAACUACAUCACAGAGAACAGCUACUACAACAAAACUAGCAACUUUAGCGACCCAGCCAACAACUGA